GGACUUAGGACCUGUUAGCAGGGCCUGGCGACUGGCGAAUUCUUCCUUCCCCCGGGUAAACUCCCGGGCUGAGAAACUGGUUCCGAACCCAACUGAACCCAGCGCUGGGCAACGCCGGGUCACGUGGCUGGCGGCCUCAUGACGUGCAGGCUGCGAGGCGUCACCGUGACGUUCGGGCGACCUGCCGAGUGGCCUCGCUACCUCCACCACCUGUGCGGAGGCGGUGGCGUGAUGGACCUGGGCCCGAUGCGCAAGAGUUACCGCGGGGACCGAGAGGCAUUUGAGGAGACUCAGCUGACCUCCCUGGACCCCAUGAAGCAGUUUGCUGCCUGGUUUGAAGAGGCUGUUCAGUGUCCUGACAUAGGGGAGGCUAAUGCCAUGUGUCUGGCUACCUGCACCAGAGACGGAAAACCCUCUGCCCGCAUGGUGCUGCUGAAGGGCUUUGGCAAGGACGGCUUCCGCUUCUUCACUAACUUCGAGAGUCGGAAGGGAAAAGAGCUGGACUCCAAUCCCUUUGCUUCCCUUGUCUUCUACUGGGAGCCCCUCCACCGUCAGGUGCGCGUGGAGGGCUCCGUGAAGAAGCUGCCUGAAGAGGAGGCUGAGUGCUACUUUCACUCCCGCCCCAAGAGCAGCCAGAUUGGGGCUGUGGUCAGUCGCCAGAGUUCUGUGAUCCCUGAUCGGGAGUAUCUGAGAAAGAAAAAUGAGGAACUGGAGCAGCUCUACCGAGAACAAGAGGUGCCAAAGCCAAAGUACUGGGGUGGCUAUAUCUUGUACCCACAAGUGGUGGAGUUCUGGCAAGGCCAAACCAACCGUCUGCAUGACCGGAUCAUCUUUCGGCGGGGCCUGCCAACAGAAGACUCCCCUUUGGGGUCCAUGACCCACCGUGGGGAGGAAGACUGGCUCUAUGAGAGACUUGCACCCUGACUCUCGAUCUGCUGGCACCAACUGGAGCUGGGGCCGCGUGCUAAGAGAGGGUGUGGGAUGGUGAAUGGGACCCUUCUGAACUCAGCCUAUUUCCCUCCCCACCCCUUAUAUUUAAGGCUCUUCAGAGUUCAAGCUCCGAAUUCUGUACUUUCAGUUGGCUCUCAAGUAGGUAGUCUAGUGGAGCAUAAACAGUGGCGUAGAGAAUCACAAAUGGGGAAAAAAAAAAAAUCCCAUAAUUAUUUUCUUGACCUUGAAUACGAUUUAUUGGAAUAGCUCCCUCUAGAGGUAGUAGCUGGUGUGAUUCCCUUUUCUAGUGACCCUGGGUGGGCCCCCGUGGCCCUGUCCACUAGGGUAUGACUGAGUCAUACUGCCCGAAGCUGACUGGUUCCAGCAUAAGUACCUGAGCCAAUCUGGCUGAUCCGUUUUUUUCUUGUCAACAAUUUGAAAUUUGAAAUGGAGAGACCCAGAGCAUGAGAGGCAUUGUAGCCAAGUCCUACGGUGGCAAUGGCAGCCAAGAAGCAAGCCUCCAGGUGCUGUUCCUGUAACUCCCUGAGUGACCUUGGAUCCCUCCUUCCCACGUCUGGGCUGUGUAACUCCUCCUCCUGCCUC